CUGGUUAGUCUGGUUUUCUUUGUCUAAUUUCAAAUUUUUACUUUGUAAUUUGUUUCCAACAAUUAACAAUCUCUGAUCAGUUUGAUCAAUUUAAAUUGCGACUCUAUUGGACAUCUAAUGAUUAACAACAAGUUAUUGGUUGGAACUCUUGUAAUUGUCACCAGAAUCUUUUGAUGGAUCAAUCAUCUGAUCGGGUUAGUUUAACAAAAGCGAUCACCUCAAAGUAUCUCGAUGAUGAUACUCUUGAUGAGGAACCAGGAAUAUCAUUUCCAACCCUUGGCGGUGGAAAACGGAAUCUACUUUAUGAAAGAUCUGAGAAACUUAAUCGUGAACUUAGAGCUUUGGAUAAGCGAAUUGAAAUUGAUCUAAAAUUUUGCUCAAUAGGAACAGUGGACAUCGACACUGACCUAUUCGAUAAGCUUAAAAAUGUCCAAGUUUUAGACGUUUCCUUUAAUCAUCUAUCAUCAUGGAGUCAAAUCGCAACGAUAGUUGAUUGUUUCCAAUCACUUAAACAUAUUAUCGUCACUGGAAAUCCCCUGAAAACAUUGGACAAUGAUAAACAUUCAGAUUUUAUCAGUUCUUUUCGUAAAUUGAACACGAUCACUCUUGGGAAAUUGAACUACAAUUGGGAACAAAUUAUCGAGUGCAGUCAACGACUUUGGCCUCACAUUGAGCAAUUAGAUGUUUUCUCCAACUCAAUCAAUGAAAUCGCCACGCUAUCAACCACAACUUUGGAAAAUCUGACCAGUCUCACUUUGGAUCAUAAUAAAAUCACCCAUUGGAGAUACAUCAACAAACUUGGUCACUUGAAAAAGUUAACGACUCUUAAAUUGGUAAAUUGUGACAUAGAAUCGGUUGUGAUUAACCGAGACGAGAACCUUUUUCCUAACCUAAUCCAUCUCGAUCUUAAAAGUAAUCGUAUUCAACUAUGGAAGGAUAUUGCUAAUCUCAACAAUUUACCAUCUUUGGAGGAAUUAAUUAUCCGAGAUAAUCCAUUAUUCGAGGAGAUAAACUUUGAUUAUGCUUUUAAUUUCGUUCUCAGUAUAAUCGGUAAUCUUAAAAUUCUCAAUCGAGCUAAGAUUACGAAUAAUCUCAGAAAAGACGGCGAAAUACAUUAUCUCCGAUUCUAUUACCUUAAAUACCUCAGGUCAAUCGAAAACGGUGAUCGAACAUUUCUCGAAGACAAUCCUCGAUAUUUACAUAUUCUCGAAGAAUACGGAACUCCGGUUGAUUUGGUUCCAGGAAAUAAAAUGAAGCCUCAAAGUAAACUAAUCGGAUUAACAAUAAGAAAUUCAUUGGAUGAUUCAACUAUUUCCAAAAAAGUUCCAAGAACAACUACAAUUUCGGCCUUAAAGAAAUUGGUGAAUAAAUUGCUUUCAAUUGAUGAUUCGACUGAGAUAUUCUUAUGGUUGAAGAGUAGAAAUGAUAACAAUCAAGAAAUUGAAUACCAUUUGGAUAAAGAGGAGCACAAUUUGGACUUUUAUUCAGUGAAAGAAAAUGAUAUUAUUGUGGUGAAAUUCAAUUAAAGAACAACAAUUAAAGUUUACUUUUGAUCUA